AUUAUGUAGAAUAUCAGAUAUCUGUGUAAUAUCUGUAUUAUACUAAAUGUCUGUAUAAAAUCUGUAGGCUUAUGCGUGUCUGUAUCGCAACACAGAAAGUCUGUAUAAUACAGAUUUGUCUGUAUAUCUGGCAUCUCUACCGGCCGCAAAAACGAAUUCGACAUAAGACAUUCGCUGUAUACUUCUGACGUUACUCAAAUGCGAAAGUUUUGUGUACAAUUACAUAUUUUGAUGAUUUUAAACUCGUUUUUAAAAAGGGAAUUUAGCUUUGAACUAAACAAAUUACCUGGAGUGUUCUGUUUAUGUUUAAGCUAUGGUAUAUAAUUGUGAAUCAGUAUAGGAAAUUAUUUGUUUAGCGCCUAACAAUGUAUAACAAAACAAUCGUUCUAAAUUUACGCCACGCCAGUCGUUUGUUUUCUAAAAAACACUCGAGCGAACCGAAAGCCUUGGGAACAGACAAAGUACAAGAUUUACUUAACAACGCUGCUACGUUUGAUAACAUCCGGUCACAUAGCGAGCAAGAUUCUUGGGCCACACUCCCAUACGUGGAAGGCACACAUUUUCACCGUAAUCAGGCGAUGAAAUCCGCCAGACCAAAGAUCGAUCCUCGUGAAACCAGUAUCAUUCUCUUUCCCGGUCAGGGAGCACAGUAUGUUGGUAUGGCGUCACGACUGCUCAAAUAUCCAGGAGCACGAGAUAUUUUCGCCUUAGCCAACGAAGUACUUGGAUAUGAUUUGCUCAAACUAUGCCUGGAAGGUCCCAAAAGUAAGCUAGAUCAAACAGUUUACUGUCAACCUGCUGUUAUGGUUUCUUCGUUAGCUGCUUUGGAACAGCUAAAAGAAGAGAGGCCAAAUGCGAUAGAUAAUUGCUUUGCCACGGCAGGAUUCAGUUUGGGAGAAAUUACUGCCUUAGUGUUUGCGGAUGCCAUACCUUUUGAUAGAGCACUUCGUCUUGUGCAGGUUCGAGCAGAAGCAAUGCAAUUGGCCAGCGAUAGUAAUGAAAGUUCCAUGGCGACAGUUCUUUACGGUCCCGAUGCGAAAAUUGGAGAAGCGUGCAAAGAAGCGCUAAACUGGUGCAUUCAACGCGGAGUUGAAAAUCCAGAGUGUAAAAUAGCAAACUAUCUCUACCCCAGUUGCAAGGUCAUUGCUGGGAGUAAUGAAGCUCUCAAAUACAUUGAAGCCAACACGAAACUUUUUGGUAUAAAGCGGAUCAAGCGUCUUCCAGUGAGCGGGGCCUUUCAUACCGACUUAAUGGCGUCUGCUGUGGAACCGUUUUCAAAAGCAUUGAAAAAAAUCAAUAUACAAGACCCUAUUAUAAGUGUACAUUCGAAUGUCGAUGGAAAGCGAUACCGAAACGCAGGCCAUAUUCUGAACCAAUUGCCAAAGCAGAUCGUACGGCCCGUUAAAUGGGAACAAACGCUCCACAAUUUAUUCGAACGAAAAGUCGGCGAAUAUUUCCCCCGAACGUUCGAAUGUGGACCAGGACAGGGACUGAAAGCAAUCCUCAAACAAGUCAAUGCUAAAGCGUGGGACUCAACAUUUAGUGUACAAGCAUAGAAAUACGAAAUAAAUUUUAUAUAGUUUAA